ACACCACAGAGCCUUUUUAUCCUCCGUAUCGCCACCUCCCUGACUUCUCUACUGCUUUCGAAUCAGCAUUUAUUUUGUAGUCCCAAGUCCGCACAUCCGAGGAAGGAGGGGAAGGAGCAGAGUUCGUAAUAAGUGAUGAUACUUGCUCUCCAGGCAUUUAUUGCUCCGGGCGGGUGGUGAGAGGCAGCAUUUAACGGGAAGACUGGACUGUGUUUCGGUUGUGAAGAGGUGAGGUGACUGGAGACGACUGAGGGGAACCGUCAGACGUUGUUCUUCUGCUGGAAGUUUUCAAAUUCUCAUCUGUUGCUGUUGCAUUUGCUGCUGCUUCCAUGGAGCAGCUCGGAGGACCCAUUAAUGAUUCCCUUUUGGUCAGGGAAGAGUUGAACUCGGUGUGCAUGGAACCAGGAGCAGCGAGCGCCAGGUUUUCCGAGCAUCCUGAAAUGAGAUAUGAGAGCCUGUUCUCUCGCCAAAUGCCUUUCCUUCAACUACUCCAGGGAGCCAUGCAAGCAGAGGACGAGACGGAGGAAGAGAAAGUCGAGCUCCAACUGCAACAAUAUCAACACCAAAGUUUAUUCACUUCUUGCGCACAAGAAUCCAACAUCGAGCUCCUGCUCCGGUUACAGAGACAAAACUGCCUCGAGCAACUGCGGACACCGGAGAGGGACAAGGCCCGUGCGGUGGAGCAGCUGGAGAGCUGCAUCACCCACACAUCCGAGUCGGAGACGAGAGGCACAGUUCACCAUAAGCAUCCUGUGGCGGUAACCACGACGGGGCCCACGAGAUCUGCGGCUGCAGCCGGGCCGAACGAGCGGAGGAAGAGGAAGCGGCCGCGGCAGGCUUCGACGUCCAAGAGCCCGGAGGAGGCGGAGAGCCAAAGAAUGACGCACAUUGCGGUGGAGCGCAACCGCCGGCGGCUCAUGAACGAUCACCUCGCUACUCUCCGCUCCCUGAUGCCAUCUUCCUACGUCCAACGCGGAGACCAGGCGUCCAUCGUCGGUGGUGCCAUCGAGUUCGUUAAGGAGCUCGAGCACCACCUCCUCUCCCUCCAAUACGAGAAGCGGUUGCCGGCGUCGGCCGCUGUCCGGUCGAGGUCGAACGACGACGAACAAUGCCAUGCUUCCACUCUGCACGACGGGUUCUUCAUCUCGCCACAAUACACGGGCUACUCGCAGUGGAAGCGGCGACGGGGCGACGGUAAAGGAGACGAAGCGCAGCAGGAGAAUGCAACGGGGAUGGACGUGGAAGCGACGUUGGUGCAAGGCCAUGUGAACUUGAAGGUCGCCGGGCGGCGACGGCGAGGGCAGCUGGUGCGAGCCAUUGCAGCCAUGGAGGAACUCCGUCUCUCAGUCCUCCAUCUCAACAUCAUCUGCCUCGAACCAUCCUCCAUACUUUACUCCCUUAACCUGAAGAUGGAGGAGGAGUGCAAGUUGGGGUCAGCGGAUGAGGUUGCGACGGCGGUGCACCAGAUCUUCAGCUACAUCAACGCCUGCUGAUGACGCGAUGAUGAACGCGUCAGGACGAACGAGAGACGAGAGAGACGAGAGAGACAGGACAAGGGAAGAGGAGAUGCUCGUCUUAAAGGUGGGGAGGGCAGCGUAACACGUCUCCUACUUCUGCAGCGGCAGCUUUCCUUCUGAUACACGCAGUGAUAGGAGCUUGGACUCUUUGGGUUGCGGUUUUGCAGCUUUAUCUCUCUUCGUUUUCAAUCUCUCUUUGGGAAAGGAUGCUGACAAUUGGGCUGAACAUGAUUACUGAUGAUGCAGGAUACUUUAUCCCGCUAUUAACAGUGUGUAUUCUGCAUGAGUUUGAAGGCA